CCGCCAGCAGUCUGUCUCUGAGCAGGCGAGAGCUCGCACAGCUUUCCGAGCCUUCAGCUGGGCUUCUGUGAGCUACGCCAGAAAUGUCGGACUUACAGUCGCUCUCUGAGUGGAGACGUGCUGGAUUUCUCGAUAAUGUGGGGGCCUGGGACGUAACCCUCUUAAUUAUCUGACUUGUGAGCCAUUGCACAAUUCCUGAUUGUGUUUGUUUAUGCUGGAUAACAAGCAGAAGAAAUCAAUGACGAUCAGAGAUCAGCCUGCUUUAAGAUCCGUGAUGAGAGAGCCAGCGACGGCACAAGCUUGAGAAAGGACGGGAGGGUCUGCACGGCGUUCUGCGGACAGUGACGAGCAAGUGGAGAGCGGGAACCCAGCGCGAGAAAAACGUUGAGCAGGACUUAAUUAUGUCUUACUACAACAGAGAACUGGUUGUGUACUUUAUCAAGUACAAACUCUCCCAGAGGAACUAUCCCUAUAACCACAUUGGGCUUAUGGAAGACACAAAUCGGACUGAAGGGGGUCAGGCGGCAGAGGAGAACGCAGAGGGGGCGGCGGUGACGCCCACGGCAGUUGUCAAUGGAUCCGUAAAUGGGACAAGUCACGGUCCAGCGGGGUCGCCCACCUCUUCCCCCCAAAGAAGGUCCAACGGGGCCGGAGGGCUGGACGCCGUGAAGGAAGCACUGCGGGACUCAGCCAACGAGUUUGAGCUGCGAUAUUCACGCGCCUUUAGCGACCUCUCCUCCCAGCUCCAUAUCACGCCAGCCACGGCGUAUCAGAGCUUCGAAAGCGUGAUGGACGAGGUGUUCCGAGACGGCGUCAACUGGGGCCGUGUUGUGGGCCUGUUCGCGUUCGGUGGGGCCCUGUGCGUGGAGUGUGUGGAAAAGGAGAUGAGCCCACUCGUGGGACGCAUCGCAGAGUGGAUGACUGUCUACUUGGACAACCAUAUCCAGCCCUGGAUCCAGGAACAAGGAGGAUGGGAGCGCUUUGCAGAGAUCUUUGGGAAGGAUGCCGCAGCAGAGAGCAGAAGGUCACAGGAGAACUUUAAGAAGUGGCUGCUGGCAGGGAUGACCCUGGUCACAGGGGUUGUGGUGGGCUCCCUCAUCGCUCAGAAGCGUCUGUAAGCAGGAAGAGGUUUCACUGAAGAUUCAGCCUCACCCUCCUCGCAGCACAGACCUUGGGCAAACAAUGAAGGAACUUAAACCCUCUUUAAAGUUUGUUUUUUGUUUUGUUUUAUUGCCAAGAAUUGUCAUGUUUACACCCCUCCCUACCACACUGCACCGUGGACUGCACGAGUUGCUGAAGCACUUGUAACGUGUGCAUUUGGCCAAGGGGGGGUUUGUUUCCACUUGGCCCAAGACAGGGUCAGUAUCUUAUGAUGCGGAAGUCACUGUCCAUCAAAAAUAAUUGAUUGUUUGUUGAGAAUUAGUCUGCCCAGAAUGCUGACCGACUUCUCCUUGUUCUGUGUAGUUGUUGUUAUUAUUAUUUCUUGCUUUAUGUUCAAUCUUUUAAGUAUGCACAUUAUUUUCUUCUGUUCAAAAAGAAUGGAAAGUAGCUGGGAUACAGAUCCCUAAUACAAAGAAUGCUUAUAAGGACAGUACCUGAUCAAAGGUCUCUAAGCUCCUGACCCUUCGUAGGUUUAAUUGGGCUUUUUCAAAGCCCUGCACUACAGUUUAAAGCUUUUUCCCCCUUCAGUCUUGAAGUGCAACACCUGAUAAUGCAUGAAUAGACUUGCCUGUGGCCUCUGGGACAGUUCAAAAAGAUCCUUUAGCUAUUUGUCAUUUUUUUCCAGUAAAACCUGCGCUAGGUUACCUUAUAGACCUUACAAAAAAGUGUUCGUGGUCAGUGAAAAAUUCCUGUAGUUUAGUCCCAGCGUAAGCUUGAUUUUGCAUUCAUCUGAAGGCCCAUGUAGGCCCACACCUCCCCUGAAAGUUUGUGGUGUGAAGCGAAGUACAUUAUUGGGGAUGGGGUGUUCAAAAGCUUUGUUUGAGAUUCAGUUUUCCAGUGGACCAAGUGCUCCCUCACGCAUUCUGAGGCUCUGUUCUGAUAUGGGCACUAGUAAGUUAAGUGUCUUUUUUUUUUUUUUUUUUAAACGUUAUUAAAUUUUAUUUUCUUGGAAAUAUGGUUAUCAUCUUAACUUUCUCUACACCAUUGGGAGUGUUGUAAGGGGAGGUAGAAUAGGUGCAUUUCUCUGUGUUAAUUGCCACCUUAAACUGCAUCACACACAUCAUGUAAUAACUCAUUUUAACAGACAAAAAUUAGAUUAAAUUGCAUUGCCACAAGAGUCCCCGGUGUCUUGUGUGGUCUUGGAGAUGGUGUAUGUGAUAUGUCUUCAAAAGGCUCAGAACACCAUCAGAGCAGGUUGUAGAUGUUAACUUAAAUACAGCUUAGAUAGUAAAACUAUACUUGCUUUAGUCAGAAUUAACUUACCACUGAUGUACGGUAAAUGUUGAAAUUCUACUUUGCAGUGUGUGUGUGUGUGCGCGCCUGUGCGUGUAUGGGGUGUUUCUAUUUUAAGUCUUAUGUGCUCAUCCAAGAUAUUUAACACUGCAGCACCAAGUUGGAUUCAGCUAACAUUCUUGUAGAGUGGCCUCUUCAUUUCCUCCGUACUUAUUUUUACUGACCAACUGUUCACCUUUUACUGCCAUUUACUUCCCAUAACUGUUGGCUACCAGUCCAGGCCGAGACCUAGCUUUAACAUCUCAAAGCUUUCCCAGACAGGGAUUAAGCCAACUCCUGAACUAUAUUCUCCCAUCUAGUCCAAGGCUAGACUUAAAUCCUGUCUGACAGAUCAGGUCACAGUCACACGACAGAAACACCCUGGAUUUUUAGAGGCCUAUUCGUUUGGCCUUUGAUUGGAAUCAAACUGAAGGCCACACUAAAGACCAGAACACACGAGAAAACAUUUCCCCAACACAUACACACUCAUGUUGGCAGUUCAACUUAAACUGUCCAGAAAAAGGGAUCAGCUACAUGAACCAGAGAGAACUGGGGGAGAUUCCCUUAGCAAGCGAGCACAGCUAUGGCACCCUAGAAACACAAAACAUUGCUCUGUGUUUGUUCGUUGUGCUAUGGGCUUCAGCACCAUACGCAUAUGUGUUUCACCCUCAGGUUGUUUGCCCGUCAUGCCACUUCAUAGAUCACAUCCACAGACAGGUGCGACGUUAAAACCUUCUAAAAUCUGUCAUCUCUCCAUCUCCCUGCCUGUUCUUUAACCGGCGCGUUAAACUGUUUGCUCUCGCUGUCAUGGCGGCUCUAUCCGCUCGUCACUCAGCGCUGCUCCCCGCUGUUCCGCUCGCUCUUUCGUGUCAAACCGUGAAAAAAAAUUGAGGAGAAGAUAAGAAACCGAUUGCUAAGCUUCAAAACACGUUUAAAUCAAAAGAAACGCCAAGUCGAAGGCGUGUUUUAUCUGCUGAGGGGUUUGUCGAGCAUUUUAUAGAGGGUGAAGAAGUCAGGCGGCGGGAAAUGGCGGUAGAGGUGACUUUCCCAGUCUUUAACCCACAUAGUGAGAUCCAGUGGGUGAAAACGGCAGACGCAACCUAGAAACCCACUCGUCUAUCAAAACGCCUCAGGGUUUCACACACUGGGCUGGGUUACUACAAUUUUCUAGACAUUUUGACAGAGCCUGACCAGUAAAGGCCCAUAACUGAAGCCCUUAAAGAGGAAGCCCACUUGAGUUCAAGAUGACUAAAGUCCAGACGUUCAGAUGUAAACAAAGUCAUGCUGAGUGGUUUGACGUGACCUGGGUCAUUGUCGAGGUAUUUAGGGCCUCAGAUUGUGUUUGCGGUGGUGGUCACAGGAACUAGGGGUCAGUGUCUAUGAUGGAAACUUUAUUUAAUAACCAAAAUGACCUGCGGUGUCUGUGGUUCAUCACAGCUGGCAGAAGAAAACCUCGUAUCUCCUUUUGAUUUUUUUUUGUUUUGACCAUUUGAAAAUACCAGUUGCCCUUAACAUUGUGUGUAAAUUUAAUGAUAAAUGGACUAGAAGAAAUGACCCAACCAAAAUGAUGUGGGAAAAAGUCUGGUUCCAUUGACUUACAUUAAAAGUGAAAUGUUUUCCCCCUUCUCUUGUAAAGUUACCAUUUUGGAGAUGCAAGGUUUUGUUUCAGACAGCAGUGAUCUGUAAUGCUGAUAAAUGGGAAAAUAAUGGUAAAUCGAAAGGGUCUUGAGGACUGGUUUGCUUUACAACGACCUGUAUGUAGCCACUUAGGCCUGUGUUUUUAGAUCUAUUCCUGGCCAUGUAUUCAAGGCCAAACCUUUUCUCAAAUUCGUCAUGCACUGUAACAGUUUCACGUUUAAAAAAAAAAGAAAAAAAAAAAGUAAUAAAUAUGAGCUUUUAGAGGCACUCAAGGGUUCAGACAUCUGGGUUUCUAUCACUGGUUGUGAACAGUUUUAACCAAGUUUCUCCUGAACAACACAUUUCACAUCAUUCCACCCCAAAUAACUUUGUUUACAUUUGAAAGAUUUAUGUGCAAGUUUUGAAAUAAGUCUGAAAUCAGUUCAAUUAAAUUUCUUUUUAUUGGCACAUUCUCAGUACAAUAUACCUGAAUUAAGUUACAUUUUAGAGUUUGUCCUAGUGGCAGAUACCAAUGAUGAAGUGUAUUUUUCUUCUGAUCCAGCUAAAUUUAACGUUGCUGUCCAGAGAGGACGUAUGAAGAGCUGGCACAGCUCUGGGGAAAAUUUAAAACUGCCCCUAAAUGUACAUUAUCGCUGCUCUGUAGACACUGAUUUUACAGAAUACAUUCCAUAUAAUGAAAAUUUGCUGCUUGCAUGCUGUGUGUUUUGUAUGUGUGCGUGUUGAAUGUGUGUGUGUGUACUGAAGGAUUG